GCACAGACACCACCAACCCGUUCAUUUGGCUCAAAGUGACGUGAUCGUUUAAGUUCGUUGAAAACCUGAUUCGACAAGCAAGCACCUCAUAACGAGUGUUCCCUAUUGAAUUGGAAUCGAAACAUACGUUAGUUUCACCAUAAAAAGUUUCAAAUCCAGCUUAUGAUCGUUUCUUCUCUGAUGGUUUCUCGGAUGGUUUGUGAUUAUUGAAUUGCCUUACGUGUGCAAAAGUGGAAAAAUUACGUACACAAACACCGCCCAGCAAUGUUAGUAGAGUCAAAGAUACUACUGAUCCAAACUAUAAACCAUAAAAUCUACUCAUCGCGAUAGAAAGUGAUCAAAAGGCGCAAUGGGAAAAGAUUACUACAAAACUCUCGGUAUUUCGAGAGGAUCAACAGAUGAGGAUAUUAAAAAGGCCUACCGAAAACUUGCAUUGAAAUAUCAUCCGGAUAAAAACAAAUCGCCUGGAGCAGAAGAGAAGUUUAAGGAAGUUGCAGAAGCUUACGAAGUGUUGUCGGAUAAAAAGAAACGAGAGUUGUACAAUAAGUAUGGCGAAGAAGGAUUAAAAGGACGUAAGUAUUUAUAUUUUUUUAGUGUUAAUGUUUUAACAUUUAAAAAAAAUUAUUUAUAUUUUCUAGGUGCAUCCAAUGGAACAACAAAUUCUUCACAAAACUUUACAUAUGAAUUCCAUGGUGAUCCAAGAGCAACGUUUGCUCAAUUUUUUGGUUCUAGCGACCCCUUCGGAUCGUUUUUCGAUAUGCACAAUGAUAGUUUAUUUAACAGUAGUAUUUUCAAUGAUGACGACUUUUUCACGCCAUUUAGUGGUCUAGGUAGUAAUAGACAUGGUUUAGGAGGAGCUUUCAGGUAUAAUCCGUUAAAGGUUCUGUGUAAAUGUUCAUUUCGGCUAAAAGCUAUUUUUAUCUUUUUAAAUAGGUCACACUCAUUCAACGUUCACUCACCAUUGAAGAAGGAAAAGGUGCAAGAUCCACCAAUUGAGCAUGAUUUGUAUGUAACGUUGGAAGAAAUUUACCACGGCUGCGUGAAAAAGAUGAAAAUUUCGCGUGGAGUCCUUCAGCCGGAUGGUACCUCUAAAAAGGAGGACAAGUACGUCAGUAUAUCAAUAAAGCCAGGUUGGAAGUCUGGUACGAAGGUGACUUUCCAGAAGGAAGGCGAUCAGGCAAAAGGAAAAAUACCAGCUGAUAUUGUUUUCAUGAUACGAGACAAACCACACGUUUGGUUUCGGCGAGAAGGGAGCGAUCUCCGAUAUACUGCUCGAUUAACUCUAAAACAAGCUCUCUGUGGAGUCAUCUUCGAAGUGCCGACAAUGACGGGAGAGAAACUACGUAUCAGUACAAAGCAGGAGAUUAUAAAGCCGAACACAGUGAAACGAAUUCAAGGUUAUGGACUGCCGUUCCCUAAGGAACCGUCGCGGAAAGGCGAUUUGCUCGUAGCAUUUGACAUUAAGUUUCCCGAUAAACUUACUCCAUCGGAGAAGGAAGUAUUAAACGAUAUGCUUCCUAAUUCAUAGUCUUAUAGUGCAGGAUAGUUGCUAGCAUUGGAGAAAACACGUGUAUUUCAUCAGUUACGUACGUCUUAUAUUUUCCUUGUGUCGAUAUAAACAUGGUUAGCAUUUCACAUUUUAUGUUCCACAAUUUUCUACUUGCUUACUUAAAUUUGAACCAAGCUGUUGUUAUAUAAAACGUUAUGCUGAAUAGGUUUCCUUAAAAUGUUUUUAAUUCUGUAAAUAGUGCCAUGAUUCCUUCGUAUUGACAACAUUUUCACCAUGCAUAAUAGUUCCGUGAACGAUUAUGCUAGUUCUGUGAGCGAAUUGAACAGCCUGUAUUUAUUCUUCACUUGAUCUUCGAUAACAUCGUCUGUAAAACAUGACUUAUGCCAUUUACACAGUUUUCAUAAAGUUAGUAAAAACAAAAUCACUUCAUUCGAAAAAUGAAAAUUUAUUUCAUUCGAAUAAUUUAAAAAAACAUUGUUUCCUAGCUUGAGUCGGAACUCUAUUCUUAUCAUUAAUUGUUGUUUCUGUAACUUCCUCUUACUCUUAUUCAACCGCCGAGCGGUCUUGAGCUGCACCAGAGACAUUGUUAAUCUCUGUUCCUUUCUGCCAACGUUUGGUUUAUACGGGCUGGGUUGUUGGCGCUGCGUCAAUAACGCUGUCAGACCGGUCUCGGGAAUCGCACCCAUGGCCAGUUGCGUGACAUCCAGUCCCGGAAUUCAAACCCAUGGCCAUGACAACGACGAGCGCUACCGACUGCUCUAUCAACGGGGGCUAACUUCCUAAGAAGUAUAAAAACAGAAUCGAGCAGAUUGAUUCUUGUGUAAAUUUUAAGGCUACUUAACAUUGUUAAAACUAUAGUGGCAAUAUCGAAUGAAAUAAAGCUCGAGCUAAUUUAUGAAAGCAAACUCUCACAAUCAAAUUGUUCAAAAUAAAUUCAAAAAUGCAUGUUUA